CUCGCAGCACAGUUCGUCAUGUAACUGCGACGGAGAGACUUACGUCGUCUUCUCUGUACUCGGACGCAGGCACAAAGCUGUUUGACAUGGAUAUGUCGGACAGUAUAGAUAAAUCAUGGGAUCAUGCAUGGACUACAGAAGAAAUGAGAAAGAAGAGGAGAGAAUGGAGUUUAGCAGGUGAUGUUGGACUUCUCAAACAUCUGCAACAAUUCUCUGAGAAUCUGAUAUCCAAAGCCAAUAAAACUCAAUCAGCUUUGGAUACACUAACAACACAGUUAAAAGAAACAGGAAUAUUAGUGGACAAUGUUACCAACACAUCUCUGGCACUAGCUAAUACCCAAUUCAUUGAAAGUCGUGUGCAGGAAGAUGACACAGAGAUGAAGGACAGUACUGAAGAAAAGCAAGAAAUUGUAAAGUCUCAAGAUUCAGCACCGGAGAGUCUGCUGGCCAGCAUAAGCGAGAGUGUCAAGCAAGGAUUGAACAUAAUGGAUGAAAAGUACAAAAUGAUGGAUGUGGCUUGCAGCGACAGUGAAGAAGAUGACGAUGGCGCAGUAGUGGUCAGUGUUAUGGUGGGUCCCAACGAUCCAUAUCAGGAUCGUCCCUUGCCAUAUGUCAUCGGUUCCGACAAGUGGAUGGCGUCAAGCAAGAUCGGUCUAGAGAGCAGCAGCAGCGAAUCUGAACAACCAGACGAGGAAAGGGAAGAAUCGGAGAGUGAUAAGGAAGAGGUCACAAACGUCCAGAAAGUCUUCAACAGCCGGCACAAUCCGGAAAUCAACAUAGCAAGGUUGUCGUCGUCUUCUAGCGAUUCGGACAACUACAAUGGUCCGAGCAGCAACAUCUCUUACAUGAACAACAGCAAGGUGGACACGCUGUCUCAGAAUAACAUCAACUCUGCCUCCGAAUCCGUCACACCUAAUACUGUGUCGAAGACUUCGAACGAAGCAGCACCCAACUUUGCGGAGGAAUUAGCUAAACGAUUAGGCACCGUUCGCCAAGCGCAGAAGCCUGUUAUUGUAGACGAGGCUAAUGAAUCGUCGAUCAACAGAUUUAAAGAUGACUUAUUCGCGUCGGAGCGAGACGACGAUGUGUUCAACGAUGGUUCCGAUAAUCUAUUCAGCAACAAAAAAGACCUCUUCGACGAACAGGUGUCCGCGAACCUAUGGAGGGACAGACCGAUCAAAUCUUACAAAAGCAAUAUCAUACCUGCGAGUAUUGAUGUGCCGCCGCCUAUCAGUAUAGUUUCGACGAAGCCAAAGUCAGCGAUUGACGAUCUAUUCGCUGACGCCGACUCGGAGGAGGACUCGGACGAUAUCUUCUCCUCAAAGAACACCGUUAAGAAACGCGCCGUUAAGGAACCUUCUGUCGGCGGUAAUCGAGCUUAUCAAACAAACACGGGGGAUAUACCGAAGAAAUUCUUAGACGUGAUAGCACCCGGAUCUGCCGGCGGUAACAUUGCCACAAGUACGCCGGAAUCCCACGUCAACGUCACGAACCUGUUUAGCGACGAAGAGAACGACGACGACCUGUUCGGUGCUCCCAGGAAGCAGCCGCAAACAUCGAUGAGUGCGGCGAACGCGUCUGCAGGUGCGACACAGAAUUCGACUAAGAAGAAACCAAUCGGGGGAGUGUCGUCGAUACUCAGACACGUUGCGGCGUCGGACAUUGAGGGCAAGCUGUCGAGCCGGAUGAUGAGGCGACAGUCGUCUGAUUCGUCCGAUAGCGAUGUGCCAGGAAAUUGCGAUAAUGCAAGGAGCACCGAGCCGGUGUCUGCAGAGAGAGCCGUUCUGAAUGAUAACAUCACGGCCGACCGCAGUUUAGCCGUCGCAGCUGAGAGCAUAUCCGCGAUUAUCGAGAAUAGCAACAGCAGCGGGGUGUCGAUGCAACCGCCCAGCAUCGAUAACACCACGGAAUCCGGUUUGUGGGUGAGCUUCCAGCCGGAAAUGUGCUCGACGAGGCUCAAGUCCGAGGAGAUCUACCGCGAGCGCAUCACCAGCGACAGCCUGUUCACGGCGCGAACGCGCAAUCCCGCCAAUUCCGCAAACUCGACGAACGGGAACGGUAAUCAGCAACAGCAGCAGCAACAACAACAACAACAACAACAACAACAACAGAACACCUCGUCAGCGCUGCAGAACGACGUGUUCAGGAACGACGACCUCUUCGGCCCGCCGCCGUUACCUUCCAAGUCAGACUCGAAGCGCGCCAAAUCAAAGGUCUCGUCGCUCUUCGACGACUCCGACUCCGGCGACGACCUCUUCUCCGCCGCGAGCUCCGGCUCCAGAUCGCAGAAGAGCACGGAUUUCCUCGCCACGGUCGCGUCGACUGACCGGGCGAAGCCGACACCGCGAGGAGUUGGCCUCUUCGACGACGACGUGGAUAUAUUCGGCGGCAAGGACGUCCCGGACGUCGAUCUGUUCGGUGCGACUUCGAAGUCGAAGUCGAAGGACGCGCCGGACAGUCUGUUUGCCAGUCGUGGCCGCGAGCCGGUGACGUCGAAGAGCAGCAACGUCGACAAAUUACCAAGUGCAAGGAUGGAGCCGAAGAAGAUGAGUUUGUUCGACGACGAUGACGACGAUGGCGACGACGGUGACCUGUUUGGCGCGAAGUCGAAGCCGAAGGUGGAGCGAAAGACUGAUCUCUUUGAAGACGAGGAUGACCUGUUCCUGUCAGUCAAGUCGAGCGACAAAGAAUGCUCUUCAAGGAAAAAUGCGUCAGCUGAACCAAAGAGCGACGUCUCCAUGGACGUUUCCAUCCUCGACGUUGAGAGGAAGAGCAAAGACGCUCCUGCGGAGGACAAAUUAUUCUCCAGCUCCGCGAAGAAUCACAGUCUUCUGUUCGAAGAUGACGACUACAGCGAUCUGUUCGGCAAAAAGGAGACGGUGGCGCGUAAGAACGAUGAAAUGAAGCCAGAAUCGAAGAAGACCAUAAAAAAAGACGUUGUCGAGGAAGUUGCUAAACUUCCCGAAGAGAACUCGAGUUCGAUGGAGGCCUCGAGCGUGGAUCGCGAUGUGGAAGCAUCCACAAACUUGAAUAUCGUCAUAGAUCGACUGGAGGACGAAGUAAACUCUGAGAGAAAUAAAACAAGCGUCAAAGAGACGGAAGAUGUCGACGGUACGGCGAAGAAAAGUCCACCGAAGACAUUGAACAUCCGAACAACCUCGUCGUCACCAGAGGACGUCGGUCAGACGCCGCGAAAGUCGGUGUCCGGCAAGAUAAAGAAUCUGAUGGGCAAGAUGGGUGAUCUGAAAAUACUUUCGCCCAUGGACGCGCCGCCGUUGUGGAGGAAGAGCGAGGACCGCACGGAUGAGGACGAGGACGCCGUGGACAAGGACAGCGACAGCGGAGGUCCAACCACCGCCGGGCGUAUCUCGCCUCCGAGCGUGUCAGAAGGCAGUACGCAGAAAGAGUCUUCGUACUCUACGAUCUCCACCGCCAGCAAUGCGGAAGUGGCCAUAAAUUUUGACGACUUGGCACAAGUGGAAACAUUGUCUACCGCCGCGUCCAAGAGUCGUGUGAGGAUCCAGGCGAAGCGUCGUCCCCAGAGCCGACACGCUCGCAAGUCCGCGCUGCGGCACAGCGGCAUCGAUUUCGACACAGUCGACAAUGCGGACGACUCGCAAGAGGAGAGUCACGCUAGUACCUUUUCGCACACGUCCAGCAAGGAGUCCGCCGUCCCGACGGCGACUACCGAUCGUUUGAACGUCAAUGACAAUGCUCAACCCCGUGCGCUCGAUCCCGCAACGGACGACAAGUCCGAAUUAGGUAGCGUCAGCAAAGAGAGCUCGAUGAGCGUCAACAAGAACACUUUACUAUCGCCGUCCACCGACGAAGAAGACCUGUUUGACGUGCCGCCGGACUUGCCGGAGGACCCGCAGAAGGAGGACACGUUGUUCGGCAGGGCGCCGAUACUCUCGCCGGUCGGCAGUGAGCAAUCCGAAAAGACCCCCGUCGGUGCCGAGCCUUUGACAGACAGCGUGAUCAGAAACAUCGGAGCAGAAGAGAUCAGCGUGAUGGACGGCAAGAGCAAUAAGGAACAGGAACCGGGUGAAACGACGAGAACGGAGAAAAUGGAUAAUAAGUCGAAGAGCCGCGAGAGGAAGGAUGAGACAUGUAGAAAGGAAGUGGACGAUGAGCUGGACGACGAGGAGGCUAAGAAAGAGUCUGGCGAAGAGCCGACCGAUCCUCUGCGAGAUAGCAGCCAUGACCCGCUGAAGAAUCCUAGUCAGUUGUUCGCGUUCGUUACAAAGACGCCGUCGCCGGAUAAGGGCAAAAGUCUACUGUUCUCCGAAGAUGACAGCUUAUUCUCUAGCGGCAUGAAGAAACCAAACGAUGAGCGGCUACAGAAGAAAGAUAUUUUGGAUUUGUUCGCGGACGACACAGUCGGCGAUCUCUUCUCCGCGCCAUUGAAGCGAACGGUGAAGAAGCAGCUGCGAGACACGAAGAUCAGCUUGUUCGACGAUGUCGAGCACAACGACGAGGACGACAGUUUGUUCGGUAGCACGACCAUGAAAACGCGUCUCGACGCACCUCAGAAGUUAACCGCCGCCCAGGCUGGCCGUAAGAAGAACAAUAUCUUCGACGAUGAUGACGACGACGACUCCAGUCUGUUCGUCGAGUCAUCCGGCCAUUCGCAGAAGUCGGACAGCGCGUCCAUCUCCGAGUCGAGGCAUGACUUUGCCGAGGCCGACACCGGCCAUAAGAGCUCGAACUUGAAGAACAUCUUCGGCAACGACGCACCGUACGACGAUGACGACGACGACGUCGAUAUUUUCGCCACGAAGCCACGAGUUGUUCCUAGGAAAGUCGCACCGUCCAAGUCGCUGUUCGCGUCGGAUGACGACGACAACGAUGACGACGAUGACCAUAUUUUCGGUAAGUCGUCCGCUUCGGUAGACUUCAAGCCAAGAACGGUGAUCACAAGCUCGCGACCGGCUGUGAAAAAAUCGAUCACCAGGGACCUGAAGAAGACGGCCGAGAAGAUCGUCGAGGAUCCGCUGAGUCUUCUUCAAGACGAUUAACUCCGUGAUAAGCACUGAUGAGAUUUUAUAUAUAUAUAGGUAUAUAUAUAUGUUUUUAUUUAUAUAUUUUGUCCCGUCACUACACUGACCAAUGAUAAAUCAUGUGAGAAAUUCUUCACACGUCGUGACGCGUAAGACUGGACAGAGUGCAAUUUUCUUCAAGCAACAAAGAUCUUUCCUCUUUCUGCUCUCUUAUCUAUAAUAUUUAUUAUUAUUUCGCCAGUCGGAUGAAUUUAUUUUCUUUUUUCCCGACACGUGUGCCACAUUAGAUCGUCUUAAUCUCCACUUUGUCUUCACUAUUUGUCAACCGAUUGCUGCAUCGGCAGAUUGGAGCGCUGUCCUCAGCAUUUCUUCGUAACACACAAUUUCGUAACAACGAAUGUAACUUAAGUUGAAGCUUGUGCUAUUAAUGUCAUCGAGAUGAGUGCAUAAAAAAAAAGGCAUGUGCCUUGUUCUCGCGCA